CCCUUGGAGUUCCAUAUAAGUGGCCUGCAAGUCCCUGGGGAGCUUCAUCCUGUCACAGGCAGCUGCCCAGAGGACCCGAGGACCCGAGAAGCAGAACAUCAUGGAUGCUGUGCCAAAGAUCGAUUGGAAACUGAAGGAAAAUGGCCGUGGCCACCACACGGAUUCCUACCAGGGCACGGAGCUGGCGGUGCGCCGAGGCCACCCCUUCGUGAUCUCUUUGGACUUCGGUGGAGCUGCUCCGGCUUCGAACAGCCUCACCUUCACCGUAGAAACAGGGUCGACUCCAGCGCUGCAGGCAAAGACCAGAGUCUCGUUCGGCAUCUCCAGCGCAUCCAGUGACGGCUCCUGGGGGGCAGUUCAAGCCCCCUCUGCGUCCUCCGGUUCCUUGAGCGUCUCCAUCUCCAGCCCGGCCAACGCGGUCAUCGGGCGCUACCGGCUGGGCCUCAAGGCCGGCUCCGCUUCCUCCAUCCUCGGCACUUUUGUCUUGCUGUUCAACCCGUGGCUGUCAGCGGACGAGGUGUUCCUCCCUAAAGAGGCCGAGCGCCAGGAGUAUGUCCUCUCCGAGUCCGGCGUGGUCUUCGUGGGCAGCGCCAACAGCAUCAGCCCCCGCGGCUGGGACUACGGGCAGUUUCAAAAAGGUAUUCUGGAUGCCUGUCUCGCCAUGCUGGACCGGAGCUUAAACCACCGCAAAGACCCAGCUACUGACUUGCGCCGCCGAAAUGACCCCAAAUAUGUUGGACGGGUGCUCAGUGCGAUGGUUAACAGCAAUGAUGACAAUGGGGUGUUGCAAGGAAAUUGGAGCGGGAAUUACUCGGGGGGAGCGAGCCCAGGCAGCUGGUCAGGAAGUGCUGACAUCCUGCAGAAAUGGAAGGCCUCCGGAUUUAAACCGGUCCGGUACGGACAGUGCUGGGUCUUUGCAGGCGUGUUGAACACAGCCCUCCGAUGCCUCGGGAUGCCCGCUCGCACCAUCUCCAACUUCAACUCUGCCCACGACACCGACCAGACCCUGACGAUCGAUGUCUACUAUGAUGAUUCUGGAAACCCCCUGAACAUCACGUCGGACAGCAUCUGGAACUUCCAUGUGUGGAAUGAAAGCUGGUUUGCUCGAUCCGACCUCGGGUCCACAUACAACGGGUGGCAAGUUUUGGAUGCAACUCCUCAGGAGAGAAGUACAGGUAUAUUCCAGUGCGGCCCAGCUUCCCUGAUAGCCAUCAAGGAGGGAGAUGUGGAUCAGGACUACGACUGCCCGUUUGUCUUCUCCGAAGUCAACGCUGACCGGGUGACCUGGACCUACGACACCAGAAGUGGGGAGAAGAAGAAGAUCUACGCCGAGACCAGGACCAUCGGCCAGUUCACGAGCACAAAGGCUGUCGGUAGCUUUGCCCGCCAAGACGUCACCGGCAACUAUAAAUACCCAGAAGGUUCUGCCAAAGAACGGGAAGUGUUCAAGAAGGCCCGCGGCAAGCUGAACCUGAACACGCUGGACGCCACCUCCACCCAGCUGGCCGCAGCCAAGAAGCCCGACGUGGCCGGGAAGUUCAAGCUUCAGAGCCCCCCGCAGGUGGGCAAGGAUGUCGACCUGGUCCUGCUCUUGACCAACGUGGCCGCAGCAGAAAGGAACCUGUCCACCAACAUGACCGCCUGGACCAUCAUCUACACCGGCAAGCCUGUCCAUGAGGUCUGGAAGAGCUCCAUGAAAGUGACCCUUGGCCCCAAAGAAGAGAAAUCCAUUCCUAUUAAAAUCUCCUACGCUGAUUACCAGCAGCACCUGACGACAGACAACAUGAUCCGAGCCACGGCCGUCUGCCAUAUCGAAGAAGGCCACGAUGCUCUGGUGGAGCGAGACGUCUCCCUCGACAACCCCAAUGUCACUGUGAAGGUGCUGGGCCCGGCCAAGGUGGGCCAGGAAGUGAAAGUGGACAUGGUCUUCACCAACCCCCUGGAGGAAGAGGUGAAGGACUGCGUCCUUCAGGCGGAGGGCAGCGACUUGCUGGAGACGAAGCUCAAGAUCGAUGUGCCACCUGUGAAGGCCAAGCAGAGCGCUCGUGUUCAGUUUGGGAUCAAGCCCAGCAAGAGCGGGACCAAGCAGCUGCUGAUCAAUUUCUCCUGCAACAAAUUCCAAGACAUCAAAGCCUUUGAGAUCAUUGACGUGGCCAACUGAGUCCGGCAGCCCAGCAGAAGGUGGCCACCUGUCAGAGGUCCACCCCAGGCCCAACCUGUCACGUGAAGCAUAGGAGCCCUUCUCCAUGUCACCUUCUUCUAAUACAGUUUUUUUUUCUUGCACUCCAA